UUCUCAUCUGGGUGAAAUACCAGGUGACUGGAAUACAGAACAGCUGCUGCACCAUGAUGACCUGCUCCCACAAUGUUGUCUUCCUCCUGGAUACAGCCAGUUCUAUGCAAAAGGCGCAUCUUCAUCUGGGCAUCUUGAAGAUCCUGAACUAUUUGGGUUGCCGGUUUGGCCUGGCCAAGAUCCGGUGGGGCUUCAAGUUCUUUGACUCCUUAGGUGUCCAGGGCAGAAUUUCAUGGGUAGGCAGUUUUCAUGAACUUGGAUCUCGCAGCUGGGAAGACUUUGAAGAGGAGCUGGAGGCUAGGUUUGAAAACCACUACCAUGCUGUGAACUUGCCUGGACAAUCUCCUCGAGCCUGUCUUGCUCAGAACGUACUGAAAGAAGCAUUGCUUGAUUAUCAGUGGGACCGACCUGAAAUUGCUUCUCCAGCCAAGGUGGUGUUGAGGAGCCAGAAAAGCAAAUUAACUGUGACUUCAGAGAAGCCCCCAGAGAGCUCCAAUUCUUCUGAGGGUUUCAUGAAUACCAUUUUUCUCUUCUCUCCCUGCCCUCAUUCUCAGAGGGAAUUGCAUCAGUUUGUUUCUGGAAGUCAUGCUCAUUUGUCUAAUGAGCUGCCUACUUUACAGGACCUAUCAGAAAAAUUCAUACCCAAGGGAAUUCAGGAAAUGAUGGUUGCUCAGAAAAUCACUUUGCAUUGGGUGGAUACUGCUGAUUACUCCACGCUUCUUGAUUCUUCAGAUCAUGUUGGGUAUCACACAUUGGCUGAACUGAUGCACAUCUUGAAGGGCACAAUUUUGCCAUCAGAAAUCUUCGUUCCAUGUUUAAAUUGUCACAGAACAAAGACUUUCCCUUUGAAGUCCAUAUUCCCUGAGCCAUUCUCAUCAUGGGCAACUAUCUUGCCUUUGGAUUCAACUCUGAACUGUCUAUUCUCUUCACCUUCUGCAUUACAAGCAUCAUUCCCGCAGCUGGAAGGAAUUAUAUUUCUCAAGAGUGAUGGAAUACAGACGCCACAGAGCUGUGCUGUGACCCUGGAGCCCUUGAGUGUGAGCCAGAGGCAUUUUGAGAAUCCAGUCAGUAUUUUUCUUAAAUGCACAGCGGCAGGCUGGAAUAUGAUGCAUACUAGUAGCUUCUACACGGAGAGCUGGAUAAUACGGAUUUCCCCACCAGGCCAGUCUGUUCAGGAGACGUCUUUGUUUCAGUAUCUUGUAAAGUGCAUUGUGACCCAAGGAUUACAUCUGGUUGCUGAUGUGUCUCCAUCUGGAUCCUGUCCUCCCUGCACUGGGAUUCUCUCCCCCAUCUCCGGUACUGCUGCCAUUCUUUCUCUUUUCUGUGCUGAAAGAAUGGCUGAAGUUCAGAGAUGCUUCCUUCAAACUGCUGAGGAUGGGAACCUUUCCGGGGCAGAUGACUUCAACUUCCCUGAAAUGGUGAGCAGCGUGCUCAAUCAAGUAAACAACUCGAAAGAAAGUGAUCCAGCUAGUCCCGAGACUCCACUUCCAGAGUGGUGCCAGCAGGAGCUGUUUCAGACACAUCGCUGGAGCCCUAUAGUGAUUGAAGACUGGUAUCUUUUGUCAAACCUCUGCGGAGAAAGCUCCCCUUUGAUGGAAUCAUUAAGGUCACUGCAAGCAGCUCCAGCUACUGUGGAAGAGACGUGGAAGCCAGAAAUGGAGCUUACCCAGAGCCUGUCUGAAUUUUAUCAGCAGAGAGCCUCCAAAGUCUUUGCUGCAUCUUGUCGACAGGCUCACAAAAAGAGGCGUGGAGCUUCCCAGACUCCUGUGAGGCAGAAGAUGAAGACCAUGCCUCGUUCCCUUCAGAUGCUGAAUGUUGCAAGGCUCAACAUGAGAGCCCAAAAGCACCAGCCAGAUGAAGAGCCGGCAGUAAGUGAAAAGGUAGCCCAAAGGCUGUUGCCUGGAUCAGCUGACAGAGUGGAAGAAAAGGGAAGAACUGUGAGAGCUAAAUUAGACUUCAAAACUGAGGAAGAGAUUAUCUCCUAUGUAACUACAAGCUACCAGAAGGCUGUGGCUGAUGGAGAAAAUUUGUCCUCGUGUGCCCAUGAUAUCGUGGCAGCUAUGAACAUUUUUGAGAUAACAAAUGAGGUCCAAGAGAGAGCGGCAGCCUGUACAGGUGCAAUUCGAAGCAGUCUCCUGAAGACCAGCAAAGCCCUUCGUCAACAACUGGGCAACAUUCCUGAUGAGCAAGUCAAAGUCAGAGAGUGCCAGCUUCAAGUGUAUCUGCGCCUAGAGAUGUCCCUGCAGUGCCCCUUGAUACAGAACAGCACAGGUGAAACUGAACAGCUUGUUGAGGAGAUGACUGAAGUGCUACGAAUCUUGUGCUUGAUAGAAGACCCAGCAUACCUCACCAAAUUUUUAGAAGAUGUUGUAGAAAUGUAUAUGGAAUCAAUACCGAAAACUCUUGGGAACUUGUACUACAGUCUGGGGACACAGGUUCCUCCCAAGCUGGCCUCCAUCCUGCCAGCAGACUUCUUUGGUGAUGAUUCUUUAAGUCAGGAGAGCCGACCCUCAUCCCUUCCUGCUUCCGCAGCUUCUGACCCAGAUGCUAGGCCAGUGUCUGUAAGUGAUGAGGCCAACAGGCUGCAGGAGCUACGCAACAGAUCAGCCAAGAAAAGAAAGAGCACAUUGUCCAGGCACCGAAGUAUGACUGAAGCAUCACUGAACUUGCGCCAGAUAGAGAUCCCUCAAGCACCUAAAGCUCGUACUAGGAAGGAUAGUUCUCAUGCAUCCCUUGACAUGAAACCAUUUCCAGCAGCACAGAAAACACCAGUGCAAGAAGUGACAAAGGUGCGAAGGAAUCUCUUCAAUGAGAAAAUGCAGUCUUCCAGCAAAAGGAUCCCUCGAAGCCAGUCAGUAUCUGCUUUGGAAGGGCUGACGCGCAAACACAGCCAAUCUAAGGAUGCUCCUAAAGAUCAUCAUAAGCUGCUGACCAAGCGGGUGGCCGAGACACCAUUGCACAAGCAGAUCUCCAGGCGGCUGCUGUAUAGGCAGAUCCAAGGCCGGUGUUCAGAUCCUGGUUCUGAAGUUGGAGUUGUAGAAGAGUCUCCUGAAAAAGCUGUGACUUGUGGCUUAAGAAGGAGCCCUCGGAUCAAGCAGUUGAUGCUGGAGAGAACAUUCUCUGGUUCCUUUCCGCCCUCCCAGGCUACCAUGAGGAAUGUUAAGGAGGUGCCUUCUGCACAUCUAGUAGGGCCAGGCAAUCCAGAGGAUUUAACAGGCUGGGCUUUGCCAUCCCCUAAAACCAUCCAAUCCACCAAGAGCCUUCUCUUUGGAGCAGUUAAUGAGGUACCCAGUUCUGGAGGGAUGCAGUCACAAAGAAAAAGGAAAAAAUCUUUAGCUUCAAAUGAUCCUGUUGCUUACCAGACACCUAGAAAAAUUUCUCUUUGGUCUUCUCAGAAGUUGCUAAGCCCCUCCAGUAACAUCCUGAGAAGAUCUCCUCAGAUUCAAGAGAAGUCCCAGCAGAAUCUUCUGAAAAGUCCAGUCCUAAAACAGACUGUGGCAAAGAAUUUGGGCUGUCUCUUCUCCUCUUCUAAGCAGAAGAGCAAGCCUUCACCUACAUCCAUUGAGAAAAAAGGAGAAUCUCUGGCACAGUCCACUCUGUCAAAGGAAAACUGUUCUCCUCCUUGCAGGGCUUGGCAGCUACAGACUCCAAGAAAGCAAGAAAUGGAGGAAGUGUUUGGUGAGGUGUUUGGUUCAUCCACAGACAGUUCCCAUUCAGGUUCUUAUUUUGUAGCAACAACUCUGUUCCCACUGAAUCCCAGGAGAAAGUCUCCCUCCCAGCUGCACUCCCCUAAGCAGUCCUUGAGAACUGCCUGGGAACCAACCUCUCCAGUUUCUGCUCAGAAGGCGGUUCCUGAGGCAGAAAGACAAAGAGAUCCAAAGUCUCUUAUGCAGUUGAAGACAGACCUUGUGCCAUCAGACCGAACACCCAGGAAAUUUGGGAGUAAGUGUUCAGAUCAGUCAUCAAGCUCCAAGAGUGCUGGGAUUGCUGAGGCCUUAUCUCCACAGGUGCCACUAUCCAAUCUUACCUCUUUGACUUGCACACAGCUAAGGAUGGAUUACAUGCUCUCUCCUUGUAGAAUUGCGGAGCAAAUUGGAGAGACUUGCAUACCCAAAAAACCACCUUUGAAACCUCAAAGCGGAUCAGGCAUCACCUCAGCAGAAUCUGCCCAGUCUCCUUCCCACAGAUCAGAACCCUUGUGUGCACAUGAAAAUAAGGAGGAACCUUCUCAGUGGGAUGCAAGCAUCAGUCUUUCCACUGAAACGGACUUGUUCUGCAAACCUGGGGUGAAUGAGAGUGUACCUUUGAUGUCAAGAUAUAAGCAGGCUUCAGGAACUGUGGCCCCAGGUAAGAGAGGUUCUGGCAAAAACCUGUCUCCUGAACUCUUGGCUAGAGAUAGCAUGGGUAUCCUGGAUGCCAUGGUGGCAUGUGAGUGUGUAGAUCCUUGUACUUCAACCACCAUGGGGAGCCACAAAUUACUGUCCAAUAGUUCUCCAGGGCAACAAGGCCCAACAGCUUUAGAAGAUAAAGUUUUGCCAGCAGCAAAGUUUUCAGAUUUGCAACAGCCAUUUUUUCAAACCCCUCCCAGAUGCACCAGGAAAUCCUCAGCCCCAAAGGUUGGCUCGCGUACCUACACAUUGCGCUGUACCCCAGACAGAAGACAGCGGGAAGCUGCCGCACGACUGGGCAGCCUUGAAAUGUCAAAUUUGAUUACUUCCCAGAGUACUCAUGCAUUGCCUUCCACAACUUGUCCACCUACCUAUGAGGUUCAGCUUGAGAUGCAAGCGUCCGGCCUGCCCAAGCUCCGCAUCAAAAGGGUUGGCUCUGGGGUACCCACUGAACUGCAGUGCCAGGGAGAGACUAGGAAAUCUGAAGGAGAGGAAAGUGAACUUGACACAGAGGAUCUUUGUGUAAGCUGGUGUGGUAGGCAUUCAGGAAAGCUGGAACCUGUCUGCAUCUCACCAUCAUGUUUUAGGUCUACCCACAGUACUCCAGGGAAGUUGGGAGGAGGGCAGACCUACAUAUGCCAGUCAUACACCCCAUCUCGCUGCAUCUCAAGCUCCACUUCCCCAUCUGAUGUCAGUGCUAGCAUUUCUUGGACGCCUUCUCCAAAGCAGAAAGUAAAAGUUACCCCUGAAGCAAUCAGAGAUUGGCCACGAAGGAAGAGGACCAGGGCCAGGUGCAACAGGAGCAAGAGACAGGCAGAGCCUUCUGUGGAAAUACCACCCACUGAUGAGUGGGGAGUGAGAACUACAGAGCGCUUUGGUGGUGGCAAAACCCUGGGCAUGGGAGAAUUUGAGCUGGAGGGAGUUUACAGUCUCCAAGACCAGUCACCGUGCAGUGACAAAGAAACGUGCAGAGAUAAGUGUAUCCGCAAAGGGACUUUUGGAUUAAAGUGCAGGAAAAGGGCCUUUGAACACCUGUCUCCAGACUGGGAAGCAAAAAGGGCCUGUCCAAUGCAAGAGGCCCCAGCUGUGGCUGUUCACUCAAUAGAACGGUUUGACAUAGACCAAGAAAGAGCAUCAUCAAUUAGAACAAAACUGGAAAAAGAGGAGGCCUUCAACUUUUCAGGCUUAACUCCACCCAGUCCUUCUGUGAAGAGCUCCAUCUCUGCUAGCAGUCUUCGGGCACUGACACAGUCUCCUCUGUUUUAUCCAAGGUGUGCCACAUCCCAGAAGAAGCACUCACCAGAAGGCAACUCUGAGUUGAGCACUACAAACAAAGACCUGUCUCCAUUCAACAGCACACCCUCUAAACAGCGUCCCCUCAGCAGGAUCUACUCUCGGAAACGGCUGCUGAGCUGAACUACAGUUCAAGACUUGAAGAAUGUCAGACAAUGAAAGUUGGGUUUUGGACUACACUGUUGUAAAAAUUAAAACCUAGAGGUUAUCACUGGUCCUAACAGAGGCAUCUGUUGCUUGAGAAGCUGCACAUCGCCACUUGAAUAUGUGUAGGGUAAACUCUUUCAUUCUUUCUGCUGAGAAGAAAAAAGGAUGAACAGGCACCAUCAAUAGUAGGAAGAGCUUAUCUUGGACUUUGUGUAAACAUGGCAGCAUGCCACUAUGUGGACUCUCCUACUUUGAGCGGUCAGAAGGAAGUAAAACAGUGGGGUGAUUAACUGGACUGCUUUUAGGUAAUUCUUUUGUAAAAUAAAUUUGAUAAUAAGCUUGUAAUGUUACUAAAAUUCUGAACAUCCUGAAUGCUAAAGAGGCCAGCCAGAACUGCACAGCUUCCAUGUGCAUGAAUUAAAUGGGUGCAACUGCUUUAGUCAGCCCAA